UAUCAGCACUCAGUUGUGUCAAAACCGUUUUUUAAACAACACAUAGCAUUCUGACUACAGCGAGAGGAUUAACAACUAUGUAUACCAAUGUGAUUACCUACCUAUAAUUGCAUUACUAUUUUUUCAGUUUGAAAUAGUUAACAAUAUAAUACAGAUAUUUGUCUAUAUAUUAUACGCCACCUAAUAUUCGUUUUUUGAUUUACGUUACCAUACUUGUAUUCAAAACAUUUCCAAAUAAUAAUUAUGUUUAAAAGUUUUUUAAAAAAAGUUUUGUGUUUGAUUAUCAUUAUCAAAUUUGCGAAUAUAGAUGCUGCAAUAACAGACAAUUAUGGGAAACAACAUUGGAACGACACGUGGACGGAUAAGCUGAGAAGAGAUUUAUUGAGGUUCUACGAUAGACACUCGAGACCGGUUAUCAGUGAUCAUCUGACCAAUGUCACGGUCAAUACUGUUUUAAAAUAUGUCGAUCUGGACUUCCAAAAUUCAAUUAUGACCAUUAACGCCUGGGUAUCGAUGACUUGGCAAGAUGAAAAACUUCUGUGGAAUGUAUCAGAUUACGGAGACACAAAAGUUGUAAACAUGGCUUAUGAUGAAAUAUGGAUGCCCGAUAUUGUGGCCUACAACAGUGCUGACGGGCAUCAUGACGAGACUUAUGGGAAGAUUAACUGUGUAGUCCGUUCGGAUGGAAUGGUUCAUUGGAUACCACCAGCCAAGUUCCGAGUCUUUUGCGAUGUAGACUUGACCAAUUGGCCAUUUGGAGAGCACACCUGUUCGUUGAGACUCGGCUCUUGGACGUACGACGGCAAUUCCGUUAGCAUGCAAAUCAAUCAGAAAAUAAACACUGCCGACAUGAUAAACUUGGAAGAAGGUUGUAAAUGGGACAUCACAAAGGUAACGCAAAGACGAAGAGUCGAGAGCUACUCUUGCAAUUCCAACGACAUAUACGAAGACAUUCACUACAGCAUCACCGUGAAGAGGAAAAUACCGGCGUACCACAGCAUAGUUGUCAUACCAGCGAUAGUCGUCGUGUUCCUGACGCUAUCCGUCUUUUGGCUACCUCCGGAGUCGACGGAGAAGUUUAUGUUGAGUGGCGUUACUCUGGUCAUAGUAUGCAUACUGUUAAUGAUGAUCUCCGGCAAUGUGCCCAUCAUGAGCGACCGUAUCCCGUUAAUAGUAAUGUUUUACUCAAACUCGCUGGGCAUGGUCACUCUAUCGAUGGUAUUCUCAGUGUUGUUACACAAUCUAGCUAAAUACAAGCAACCCGACCAUAAAGUACCCAAGUAUAUCACUCAGCUGUUGAACACAAAAUUCGGAACCGUCAUGAGAUUUACAUCAAUGAAGAACGAUGACGAGGACAAGAUAUUGGACGAAUCAAAUGAUGAUAAAUCACAAUAUCCUCAACUGAAAGAAAGUCAAUGGUAUUAUCUGGCUCUGAUUUUAGAUAGAACGAUGUUUAUUGUUUACUUAUUUUUGUUCAUUGCUAUGGUGAUUUAUUUUCUGAAGUGAAUAAUAUGAGAGUAAUAUUUCACAAAAGAUCAAUGUUUGUGUAUCUAUCUACUAGUUUCUAUUAAGGAACAUUUUUUUUUUAUAUUAUUCGUAUCGAUUUUUGCUCUUUUAUAACUCUUAUAUUUUUAUAAAUUUAUAAACAAAGGUAUUUUUUAAUUAUAUUUAUAUCUAAUCCUAUUAUUAAAAAAGUAUAGUUACUUAUUUAUUGAUUAUAAUGAAUAUUUUUGGCUUUAAUUAUUAAAUAUAGGUACUUUAAUUUUAUAUUUUAUAUUAAUGUAUAUGAGUAUCUAUAUGACUAAUAUCUAUAAUUUGAUAUAAGUUU